UUACAUACCUUGGCCUAGCAAAACUGAAAAGGGAAAAUUACUUAUCUCUUGUAUAAAAAGAAAAAUCUCAGAAAAUAGCGAUUGUACUGUGAAGCAAGUUUUUAUCCUAUUCGCAGUUGCUCAUUUUUAGCAAACGAUAAUGAAUCAUAUGUGGAGUUAUGUGACAUUAUGGAUCUUUUGCGUAAUUCUGGCAGUUGCAGAAAAUCCGACGAAAAGCGAAAAUAAAAGUUCAAGGAAACCUAGAAUGAAUUCUAAAUUUACCAGGGAAUUUCAAGAUACGCUUCCAGAUUGGAACAAAAUUCUUCGUCGAUUUACGAAAAGGAAUGAAACAGUCGAUUCAAAUGAAAUACCUGAAGAAAUGGAUCCCAAAAUAGUAAAUGGAAGACCAGCAAACGAAGGCGAAUUUCCUUGGAUGGUUGCACUUCACUUCAAUAACAGAUUCAUCUGUAGUUCCUUCUUGAUUUCUCCAACUAUUGUAAUGACUGCAGCUCAUUGCGUACAAUUUAAUAAUGGUGUUGAACCAGCCACAGCCUUUUAUGGAAUCAUUGGCAACAUUCGUCGCGAAGGUCCGGAAACUCGUAUCCAAUUCAGAGAAGUGGCGGCACAUCCUCAGUACGGAUCUGGAUCGGAAUAUGACAUAGCUGUGUUCCGAGUCUCUUCCACAGUGGAAAUGACUGAUUUCAUACAAACCAUAUGUCUGCCGGAGUCCGGCAGGAGUUUCGAUCUUGUGUAUGUACAGGCUAUGGGGUGGGGAGUGACAUCCAAUAAUAAUCAAGACCCACCUGAAACUAUGAUGACGACUGAGCUGUCUGUACCACCGAGAACUGCAUGUCAGUUCUUUUAUGCAUUGUUAGGAAUUACUAUAACAGACAGACAUAUUUGUGUUAACUCAUUUAGACCUACUGGAGUUUGCUAUGGUGAUUCCGGAGGUCCAGCGGUUUAUGACGAUCCACUCAGUGGUAAGCCUGUGGCUGUUGGAGUGGCAUCCUUCAUCUCGUUCUUGGGUUGCGGCCGGCCUAUAGCACCAAGUGUUUACACCAGGAUUGCUUCAUAUAUCGACUGGCUCACGGAAACAGUCGGUGACACUAAUGACAUAUGCUUUGUAUGA